AGAACAGCUGUACUUUAGGAAUACCGACAAAUUUAUCCUUCGGCUCCUGAGGGUGGGCGGAGAAAUUAGUUAUCGCUUUAAGAGAGUUAGCUCUUUAAUAGGAGUACUAAGGUAGAGGCCGAACCAAAGUGUCGCGAGAACUGUAACACCGGCAACAUCUCGCGAUGUUUGGCCCCUCAAAAGGUGGCCAUUUUGGAGUCCACUCCGCGGCUGGUUGCCCUGGCGGCGUCUCCCAACCGGCUGGCGGGACCAAAACUGGCCCUGCGGGUGUCUGGCCUGUGGGCGGCCGCGCCGACACAAUGUGGCGGCUCCGCUGCAAGGCCAAGGAUGGCACCCAUGUUUUGCAGGGACUGUCCAGCCGAACCCGGUUGCGAGAACUCCAGGGCCAAAUUGCCGCCAUCACCGGGAUCGCUCCCGGCGAUCAGCGAAUCCUUGUCGGAUACCCGCCCGAAUGCCUGGAUCUCAGCAACGGGGAUACCACUCUGGGGGACUUGCCCAUCCAGUCAGGCGACAUGCUGAUCGUUGAAGAAGACCAAACCAGACCCCAAACUUCACCUUCAUAUACAAAACAUGGUGCUCCUAGUUAUGUCAGGGAAACUUUGCCUGUGCUUACCAGAACUGUGGUCCCAGCUGACAACUCUUGCCUCUUUACCAGUGUAUACUAUGUCGUUGAAGGUGGAGUCUUGAAUCCAGCUUGUGCCCCUGAGAUGAGACGUCUUAUAGCACAAAUUGUAGCAAGUGAUCCAGACUUAUAUAGUGAGGCAAUACUGGGAAAAACAAAUCAAGAGUACUGUGACUGGAUCAAAAGGGAUGAUACUUGGGGGGGAGCAAUUGAGAUAUCAAUUUUGUCUAAGUUUUAUCAAUGUGAAAUAUGUGUAGUAGAUACACAAACAGUAAGAAUUGAUCGUUUUGGAGAAGAUGCAGGAUAUACCAAAAGGGUUCUACUGAUCUAUGAUGGCAUCCACUAUGAUCCGCUUCAGCGAAACUUCCCUGAUCCAGAUACCCCUCCUUUGACCAUUUUCUCCUCUAAUGAUGAUAUUGUCCUUGUACAAGCACUGGAACUAGCAGAUGAAGCUAGAAGAAUGAGACAAUUUACUGAUGUAAACCGCUUUACCCUGAGAUGUAUGGUGUGUCAGAAAGGAUUAACUGGACAAGCAGAAGCAAGGGACCAUGCCAAGGAGACAGGCCAUACCAACUUUGGAGAAGUGUGAUCUAUGCAUGAUGAGGGUUGAAGCCUACUACCUCACAGAUCCAGAAAGCUCUGGGUUUUCUAAUAAGCUAUUCUUAACCCUGAAGAACAAAGGACACAAUGCUUGAACCAUCCUUUUAACUUAAACCACUAAGACACUGAAAUUCCUUGUUAAGAUUAAAAUUAGUGUGCAAGUUUACAGAUGUGUGUCUACAGUGGUGAUACAUGCCCUCUUUCUGCUGGGGUGACAGAAUAGGUGGUCCUCAGCCACUUGCUGAUACUAACCUGAAGAUUGGAUUUUAGUAUUACAAACUAGCAUCCAGGAGCUUUAACUUGUAGAAGAAAACAUCAUAUUUGGGGUAAUGUGGAAGGCCUCGUGUUAAGGCCACUGGACAUGAACCACAGUGUCUCCAGUAAUUGCUUCCUUUUAAAACUGAGUUAAUAGUUUCUAAAUUAAGAAUUCAUCAAAUGAAGAUACAAUUGUCGAAACUAAUUUUAUACUGCAAUUUGUUAGACUUUGUAAGUGUGUACUUAACCACUUAUAAGUACAUAGCAAGCAAUUUUUGCAGGGAUAAGUCUAUUCCUUGAGAAUGUUAUCUAAACAGGAAUUGAUUGGGUCCUGUUUAAGAUUUCUAGUGUAUAAAAGCAGAAUGUAUGAGGGAAAAGGUGCCUGAAGCAGCUUAUUGAAGCUUUAAAAGACCAUUGGCCUCAUGUUUUAAUGCAAUUUAUGUAUUAGUGUUUGUCAAAUUGGACAAAAUUUUAAAAUUAAGCAGGGUAUGCUAUUUCAGUUAAAGUUCCUUAAAAUUUGAGUGCUCAAUUUUUGCUUUUUAAAAAAAAAAAAUACACAUUUGCCUGAAGGGCUUUAAUUUCCUCAGCCUUUUUGUUAAGAGCACUUCCUCCAAGAAAAAGUCUUCAUCUAAAGUGAUAAUGCUAUGCCUUGGUUUGGUUUUUAUAAGAUCUUUUGCAUACCUACCUAGUGUUUUUGUGCUGCCAGUAUCCCUCCACUAAUGCUCUUUAGAAUAUUCCAUGUUACAAAUUAGCACUUGGCUUAUCUUUCAUAUUUUACUUUGACUUUUGAACAGUUUUAAAGUAAUUGGUAUAAUACUAUUGAAUGAAUUUGUUUCACUUCCAAAAUAUGAAAGUUUUUAAAUCCUUGCCUUAUUCAGCUUUCUAAAUUCUGCUUCUUCCUAAUAUCAGAUGUGUAGCCAUUUGCUUGGUGGACUGAUCCUCAAGGCACACCCUUUAAAACUUAGCUUCACCACAAGAUCUUCCAGAUAAAGUUUCCUACCUCUUAAUUCUUAUGAAGAUCAGGGAUGCUAAAUUAUAAUUUGUUAUGUAUUUACACAAUGUAAAGAGGCCUAAUGUUGUGAAGUUUUGUUAUCUUGUUUUCAUUAUUUAUUAUCUCAUAGAGAACCAGUGGAUACUUUAAAGCACUUAUAACUCCACAUAUCUUCUUGGCAGAUGUUUUAAACUUGAGAUUUACCUAUAGCGCUUUUAUGGUGACAGUGGCCAUGUAAAAUAAAGGAACAUAAAGGUGAACGAUUUAGGAGGACAGUUCCUUGAAGGAACAAUUCACAAAGUGUGCUUUAAAUCAUCAGAUGACAUUUCCUGAGUACCUUUUGUGUGCACUGCUGUUUUAGGCAUUAUAAGUUAUUAUGAUCAGUGUAAGUUGAAUGUUUCAUUUUCUUUUUUAACUGAGCCUUAAAAAAUAAUGCUCCUGAGCUUAUGAUACUUAUAUGUUCAGCAAUCAUCAUAUGAACAGAUGAAUAUGAUAUGAAAAUCUCUUCAUACCUGUCUGUCAUUGGGUCUAGAUGGUUUUUGUAGCUCCUUUAUUUUCCCCAGAAAAUAUUAAAUUGAAAACUAUAAAUUAAGAUUAUACUACUGGGUAGCAUCCAUCAAAUUGAGCAUUAUUCAUAAAAUUUGCCUUCCUUUCUGUGCCACUUCAGGAGCCAAAUUUGACCUUUGCUACUGAAAUUUUAGAUUUAGAAGUUUAUUUGUGUGGCAAAUAUUGAGUAAUUUAUAAUGUGCCUGGCAUGUUUUGAUGUUUCCCAGCAUGCAUUAUUGUCACUUUAAAAUUGAGUAUAUGUUAUCUACAGUGGAUUAAUUUAAAACAUGGAAGACAUAGAACACUCAUUUUAAAAUUAAGCCCCUUCAUUAUAAUUGUUGUUUACAUAUUGUCAGGUAUUUAUUUGGGGGUCUUAUUCUAUUUUAUCUUUUACCUAGGUUGUCCAUUGACCACGUAGACAUUGAUAUUCAAAUUGCUUUCAGAAUUCACUUCUUAAGUUAAUAUUUGCUGAAAUUCAGCACUAGUACUUUAGUGCUCUGAUCAUGGAAAAAUUCAAGAUGAGACACUAUUUGCUGACAAUAAUUAAGAAUUAAAAACUUAAACUGCGUAUUCUAAACUAAAGCCUGAAAGCCUCACAGAAUUUAAAGCGUUUUUUUCCUCCUACUGCACUUAGUAAACUUUUUUUUCUUGUGUGUGUGUGUGGUGCUGGGGAUUGAACCCAUGGUCUUGUGCAUGUGAGGCAAGUACUCUACCAACUGAGCUACAUCCCAGCCCUUAUCUUGAGAAUUUUGAAAGCUCUAUGGAUUUAGUACUUACAGCAGUAUUAAAAGAAACUGUGUCCCAAGUUUGCACUGGAGGAGCAGAAUGAAAUCCUUCUUCCUAUUCAGUUUUUGCCUGUCAUACAAGAUUUUUUUUUUAAAAUAAAAUGAGAGUCAUUCUGCCACAGUUAAUGGCAGAAUGAAUAGACUGCUUUCCCAACCUAUCGCCUGUUCUUUCUUACUCUUCUGAUUAAAGAUCAGGUGUAGUACUAUGAAGAUUCACUCAUAAGAGUGACUUCAGAAGUUGAAAUUAAUAUCCACGAGAAUUUUGUGUUAGUCAUAUGAAGACAUUGGUAUGUUACAUGUUUUGCUAAUUAUUAUUUCCCAUGAAUGAGAAAUGGGCAUAGUCAAGUGUUACCCUUGAAGCUUUGUCUGCUGGUCAGCUUUAACCUGUUACAAGCUAUAAAGUCAUUCCAUUGUUUCAAGAAGUUCAAGUCCCAGCAAAAUCAUUAUCAGGAAUUAAUUUAUUUAUUUAUGCCCCUAAGUGCCCACACCUAACUUUUUAGGUUAUUUCUUCUGUCCUGUGUAGAGAUUAAAACAAGGGUGUUUCAAUGUACCCUGGCUAAUCAUAGUUUUUUAUCUUUUUGAAAAAAUUACAGUGGGGGAGUAUGUACACUUAAGCAACAGAGUGAUUUUUUUUUCUUUUGAUAAAUCAGGUGGCCUUCUUAAACUUGCGUAUAUUUAAGAGUUAUGUUCUUUCAUGUGUUGAGACACAUUUAUUGUUUGCAGCACUUUAAAAAAAUGAAAUAAAAGUUUACAUGUUAGCUCUAUAGGGAUCUUGUUGAGGACAUUAAAAUUUCUGAGCUGCUAACCAUCAGCUCUUCAUAAUCAACUAUUGCUGUAAAUGUUUAGUGUAUCAAGUGGUAAACAUUCUGGUGUUUUGAUAACAGUAGAACCCAAUUUCAGUAACUAUUAGGAGCAUGAUCUGUGCCCUAGCAUAAAAUAUGUUAUUGCUAUGAAGUGAUUAUGAUUUAUCAUUUGUUAUGCAGUGCAGUAUUGAAAUUUGUCCUUAUAGCAUAAAGAUGACUAACAAUUUCUGAAAGAUGUGGAUUCUUAAAGCUCUUCAUUUGUUUCUAAGUAAACUUAUUUUAAGGAAGCUGAUUUUUUAAGUCAAAAGCCUUAAAAAUGUCACAUAGAGCCAACAUCAUUUAAGUCUAAAGCAAAACACAAUUUGAGUAAGUUAGUUUAUUAACUAAAGAUGUUUUCUGAUUAAGCAUUUAAUAUUUUAGCCAUAUUUCAUCCAACAUGAAAAGAAACUUCCCUGAUUUGGGGGAAAUGUUUUAUCUUCUCCAAACGCUAGCUAGCACUUUGUUAUAGUGCUUUGAAUAUUUGACUUGGAAAAAGAUAUUACAUUGAUACUGAAUUAUGAGGUGCUGACUUAAUUCUUGAUUCACAUGCAUUUAAUGGAGGUUGAUAACCUGUGGUAUUUUAGAGUGAAAAAGGGGUAGGAGAAUAAAGUCCCACUAAAAAGGAAGAGAUUGUCAAAUGAAUGCAUUACUUGUCAUAAAUUAUGAGUUUCAGAAAAAUUUCCAAGCAAUGCCUUUGUGUUGCCCCAAUCUUUUUCUUCCAUUUUUUUUUUUUUUUUGGCAUAGAAUGUAGCAGGGCCAUAGAUGAAAAGGAGUGAUAUUAAAGUAUAAGACCAUGAAUUUCGCUGAUUCCCUUUUAUACUUUUGUUUUCUAAAAUAGUAACCUACAUCUAGGAGUUUAGUGAUAGUGAAGAGACAUGAUUUGGUUAAGUUAAAGAUAAGCAGAAAGGUUAACAUCAGAAAGACUUAGAAUUAGAUUCUGUGAGUCUGACUUUAUGUCAGGUGUAGAAUAUGUAGUUAAUUAUAAUCCAUAAAUUAAGUAAAGGACCAGGGGACCUAAUUCAUGCCAAUUUUCCAGUUCACAUUGGUGCCAUCCAGGACUCAAGCUGUUUACAGGAAAUAUACUCAGCAAAGUUAUAUUUUCCUUUAAAAUUUUUGAAUUUAGCUUAAACUGCAGAAUAAGUAUGUAUAAUUUGUUCAAAGGAAUAAAGAAUAACAAUAGUUCUGCAAUUCCUGCAUUAAUACAGUAAAGGCAGAUGUUCCUAAAGCAAGAAGAAAAUCACAAGGCUGUCAAACUUAGAGCUUUAGAAUAUAGCUUGAAAAAGUAGUAGAGAAAGGCAAAACAAAACAAAUCUGUUUUUCUUAACAUAAGAUAUUUUUUCCUAUGAAGAAUAAUGAACAGUGUUGUUUUCAAAAUCUUACUUUGUCUAUUUGCCAGCUUUUUUUUUUCUUUUUCAAAGUUAAUGCACUGCUGCUACCUGGAAGAUACCUAAUUUCAUUUUGUAAAAUUCAUGUGAAUUUGCCAUUGUCAUUAAGAUGCAUUGAUUUUAUUUAUGAGGUGUAUGACUUUAAAUAUAUAAAUGCUGUAUGAAGUGACUUGUUUUAAAAGAAUAAAUGAAUGAAAACCUU